GUCAAAGGGUACAUGUUAUGAUCGACGGUGGCGCUCUUUAUGAUCCCGGACGUUAUUGUUGCAUUAUGUAGCUUAGAGCAGACGUUAUAUAUAACCGUUAUUUAAGCCGUACUUGAAAUAUCUCUGUACAUUGAUAGGUAAUAGUAGCUAGCUGGGACAAUGCAGUCAGCAAGGUCUUUGUUUUCACUGUCAUCCUGGUUGGUUGGUAAAACAGGUUUGACCUCCAGAUUAGUGAACCUUUUCUCCCUGCGAAUAGACCCAAUUCGCCCAAUUUCAGUCAACCAGUUACAUCGGAGGGGACCGUUUAAGAAGAAGGUCAACCCAUAUGCCAGGCACCCGAUGGACCAUAGGCCACAAAUCAAAGGCGUGGUCUUGAAGACGCUUAUAAAGAAACCGAAGAAGCCAAACUCUGCCAACAGGAAGUGCGCAAAACUUCGUCUCAGCAACGGUAAAGAAGUAAUAGCAUUCAUUCCCGGCGAGGGACACAACUUGCAGGAGCACAACAUUGUUUUAGUCGAGGGCGGAAGAACGCAGGACUUGCCAGGAGUUAAACAUACGGUUAUUCGAGGGAAGUAUGACUGUAGUCAUGUUGUUAAAAAGAAAUUUAAAUGAAAUAAUAGGUGCAUUUCUUAAUUUGUAAAAUAUCAGCAGUAUACUGCCUUGAAAUUAAACAACAUCAUUUGAGCAUUCAGUUACUUAAGGAGGCCAUCACCGAAUAUGACAGGAAACUGUGUUUGAAUAAAUUGAGUUGUUUUGUUUAA